UCUCCCCUGCUCGCCGCCGAGCCAGCCACCUGCCCAAGCCGCGACCCACCGAGCAGGAAAACGGUUCAGUCACACCCGAGCGGCGGUGCAACCAUGUACGUCCUACGGUCUUCCCUCCUCACAGCGUCCCUUCUCCUGGCCUUCCUACACCUUACAGGUGCCCAGCAGAGGCCAGUGGUAACGGUUACAAACUCCGGCAAUGUGCAAGUUUUCCGGACGGACACCGCCAACCUCAGCUGCAGCUUUGUUUCUUCUGUAUCACUAACCGUGUACAGUGUGAGUUGGUACAAGCUGACCAACGAUGGUAGAGAAGGAGCGCCAUUCCUAGUAUACAUCAACAACAAUCCUGUACAGGAAGACGCCAACAGACUUGCAGAGCUUGGAUUAACAGGCAGAGUGAGUUUUCUGCCGGACCUGACGUCCAUCACCAUCCAGGAGACGGCCCAGCCGGACACCGGCACGUUCCGCUGUGAGGUGGACCCGAUCUUUCCCGGGGGAGGAGUCGCCGCUUCCGUGGACACAAACCUCACAGUAGUCGUUCUGCCCCAGGUGACGAUAGCCCAGCUGCCCGUCACAGCGUACGUACAAGAAGACGUCACACUGACCUGUCAGUCAGGCAGCUUCCCGGUCUCCACCUACAACUGGUCAAGAGUUGACGGCGCUGCUCUCCCCGGUGGAGCGACGUUCCACGAAGGGUACGAGCUGGUCAUCCCGAAGGCGGUGCUGUCUGAUGCCGGGGAGUACCGCUGUGUGGCCGAUAACGGGUACGGCACGGAUACCGGCACGUACAGGCUCACACUCAACGAUAGAACAACCGCCAAGCCCGCCACACAAACGGCUAAGCCCGAAACAACUGUACCAGGCGGUGUUGAGGACACUCCCAAGCCGCAGACCACAGACAGUACGGGGCUGGUGGUAGGACUGGUGCUGGGGCUGCUGGCUGCUAUAGUGAUAGCCGGGGGAGUCAUCUACUACUGCCGGAAUAAGGGCAGUGGCAGCAGUAAAAAGGCUGACAAGAAAACCAAGCAGCAGACGGCGGGGUCACAGAGGCAUGCUGACAUGGAGGCGGGAACGGGCCGUCCGGAGAGCUGGGAGGCGCCAAAACCCCGGAACGACUCGCCCAAGAAGAGGGCGGGGGUGUUCGACACCACUGACGUCGUGGGUCCGGCUGAUGACGACAUGGACUACUCAAAACAGGACAUCCACCCCCCAGGGCCUGAUGGGAAAAAUGGCGUUCACGAGAAGAGAAAUCUAGACGGUUAUGUUUAAUGUUUAUGUGGCUUGCAAAGCUUAUUGCUUAGAAAUUUUGUAGUUGUUUUCUUUGCGUAGUCUUGUUUCUUGUGAAGAUAGCUGCAUUGGUUAAUCGAUAUUUUAUCAGUGAAAAUGUAAUUUCGUAAGUUGUUAAUUUUGCUACUACAAUAUACCUUGUUGAAGUUGGUGCAACCAAAUACUUUUUGGUGCAACCAAUGAGCUUUAAAAUCAUUGGUGCAACCAAGUAUCUAUGUUUUAUGUAUUUUUCCUUGACCCUUUUGUUGAAGUCAGUAUACGAUUUGCUAGGCUAGGACUUCAAAUAGUAAAAAAAGAGGUUGAAACCUGUAACAAUAUCCCUUAUAUCGCCGUCCUGACCAUUUAAUGUAUAGUGAUAUUUGGAACAUAAAAAAGUCAAUCAGUCCUUAAAAAUUGGUAAAAUGAUUUAUAGUUGAGAGAAAAUAUUUGUAGUGAAGAUGCCUAAAUCUUGAAAGAAAGCACCCACGUAAUAUUGUUUUAUGAAGUUCUUCGUACUUAUGCAAUGUUGUCUUCUUGAUAGAAUUGUAUUUAGUUUCUUGUCUUAUUUUAAAUCCAACAAUGAAUACUAAUUCAGAAAUAUAUUUGUAUUCUUCAGUGUAGAUGCUUGAUUUGAUAACGUAAUAAUAAACACUAAGUGUUAUUUAAUUGUCAUAAUCCUAUGCAAUUCAAUUACGUAAUACAUCGUUUUAUUCAAUCACAAUUAUGAUUUUACUUUAAUGUGAAACGUGACAUUAUACAUUAUUUCUUUGUGUUUGUAAAUUUUGUAACUUUGUUGUGUGUUAUGCCUGGAAAAUUGAGUUUUGCAUGUCUUUUGCGAAAGACUACUGUUAAUUGAUUAGGCAAAUGUAUAUCCCAAACCUCCAUGCAAUAUUGUAUACCUAGUACAUAUACGUCGUAUGAUAUAGUACAUGUACUAAGUAUUUGCCACACGUAGAUGGUAUACUAGAAGUGAAAAUAAUGAAGGCUACUUAGCAUAAGCAACAUUUUUAUAUCAAAAUGCACAAAUUUGAGCUUCUUUCUUCUUCCAGCCUCACCAUAUCCCUUCUAUUGUUAAUUCUACACGCUUUUCAACAUUUUGAAAGCUUUGCACCGAGGCAGCUUACCAUAUCACUUGCUUUAAGCCAGUGAAUUAAAUCUCUUAUGUUCUUAUAUCCUGAGAUCAAUCAUAUCCUUGUUUUAAUCUUAUAUAAGUGUUAUGAAGUAUGCAAACUUGUUGACACACUUCAAGAAGUCGGAUCUAUUUUUACGGAACAAUAGAAAAACGAAGCGGUAACAGAUUACAUGCUUAGAUAUGGUUUACAUUUGUUUGUAAUGAAGUGUAGUUGAGAUGAUGCUUUACGUUAGUCUGCGGUGUUGAAGUGACUUGUUGUAUAAAGUUAAGUGGAGUUCUCGAUAAGAAUAAAGCAGACCGCUUUUUUUUAUAAAACCG